GACAGGUUAUGAGCCUUGCGCUGGCGUUGCGUAGUGAUGGCAGAACACGAACUUAUGGGAAAGGCUUCGAAGCACAGUAUCACCGCACAAGGAGGUUGCAGGAUAGCUGUCGCGGGAAUUCGAAGCUGGGUGAAGUGUUAGAUAUAAAUGAGCUUCGAGAUUCUGCGGGAUUCGAAGUUGGGUCCAGGAGGUGUCUCCUGAUGAGCACUGACUCCUGGAUGAGGCCUUGGAUUCGGGGUUUAAAGAGCUGCAGCGGUGUCCUCUAGGGACUAGUCACUUUUGGCU